AUUCACUGUCUCAAUGGAAGUGGUAUCAGCCUGGGCCCCAGCAGUGGGUUUCACACUCCUGCCCCAUGCAGGAGGAAUUUUAGGAAGCAAGAUAACCAAAAAGGAAAUCCCAGGGUGGUACCAAUCUCUACAGAAGCCAUCCUGGUGUCCACCUAACUGGGUGUUUGCUCCCGUUUGGGGAACUCUCUAUACAUCUAUGGGAUAUGGCUCCUACCUGGUGUGGAAAGAACUGGGGGGCUUCAACGAAAAAUCAGUAGUUCCUCUGGGUCUGUAUGCAGGGCAGCUGGCAUUAAACUGGGCCUGGACUCCAGUAUUUUUUGGAGCUCACAAAAUGGGAUGGGGGUUGGUGACUCUCCUGCUUACAACUGGUACAGCAACAGCUACAGCUGCUUCCUGGUAUAACAUCAACAAAAUGGCAGCUUAUAUGAUGGUUCCUUAUUUAGCUUGGCUAACCAUGGCUUCUGCACUCAAUUACCGUAUCUGGAAGGACAAUCGCAACAAGAAACAAUCUGAAUAAACAGUUUUCAGCCAAAAAGAUUUUUUUUUUCCCCACAAGAAUUUUCUAAAGUUACGGCCUUAUUACAUUUUUAGCUGAACUACUUCUAACAUUAGUUUACUAAUUACAAGUUGACAAAGGAGUACUUGUUUAAAACAAAUAUGCCUUCACUAGGCAAGUCACAAAGGGCUGUACACCUGACUGGGUUUUAUAGCAAACUAAAGAUAGUGCUGAUUGGAAAGUACUAGUUUUCUAUAUUACAGUAUUAUAUUUUAUAUGACAACAGCAUUUUAACUAUUACCAGAAGUAAGCAUGGACUCCAACUUCAUGAUGUUCAGAGGGAGAAAUCCAGCCAUAUAUUAACACAACUUCCAGAAAGCUGGUCCUAACAGUGACAGGCAUGAUCGGGGCCUGAAUCUUUCAUGUUUACCACAAGACACUGUGCUUUAGUGCUAUGAUGUGUCCCCACCACAACCGCCAGAUAUUUAUCUUCUGGUCACAGAACUCUGGAAGUGUUUAAGACUAGAUAUUUUUCGUAAUUUGUGCCUUACCACUUUGAAGCACUGUACAAUUUAGUGUCAGCUAAAUGCAUUAAACUACAUGUAAACUUA